GAGGGCGGCUGGGGACAGGAAUACUUGCCAGGUUUGUCUGUCGAUUCCCGUUGACCAAGAGUAGUACAGGACGGCUUUAGCUUUACUUUCGUAUAUCGCUCGGUUCUUCGUAACGGUUGCAGGCGCUUUUGCUGCUGCAGCAAACAAGAUGCUCUGAUUAUGCACAGCUGCAGCUUACCCGCUUUGAUUGACCAUGAACAAAUGUGCUAUGUGAGCAAGCGAUGAGUUGGUGCGGCGGCAACGCUCGGUCAAUUUAGCCAGCAGCUUCUUCCACUCGUCGUUGUCGUCGUUCUUAGAUGGACGGGGUCAGAGUGUAGAAUAUCAUCAUCAUCGGAAUUAACGUUACGGCCGUCAUGACCAUCAUUAUUGUAAUCACAGUGUCGUCAGCAACUCCGUAAGAACAGUUGCAGUAGCAGCAGCAGUAUGGUGGUCGUGAUGAUGAUAGGAACAUCCGGCGGAUUAUAUUUAGAUUCGGGCCGGUUUAGAAGAACCACGACAAGCAAGCACUGGAUUUUACAAGGGUUCGCGUGAACACUGUACUGACCGUCCUUUUUCUUUAGGAUAGUCCACUAGACUGGUUAUAAGGCGCACAUGCCAUGCUAUUGCUGUGACUGCGGGGAGAGAGCUUUUGCGAGGAAGGAGUAGCACAAUAAAAGAAUCUGACCACUGGGCUUUCAUUACAUUUGCUUCUUCGGACUUUACGAAAAAGAACAUUAUCUGAAAGGCUGGAUUGACAGAGUACGAAGUGUCAGCACGAACUAGGUGGUCUAGCCUAAACGCUGCAUUAUAAAUCGACUAAUUGGAUAGGUUAGUGGAAACCUGUGAAUCGAACUUGGCAAAGACAGGAACAGUCUCAGUAUGAGGUCGUUUCAAGCGGUGCCUCUCUUAGUAUGUGUCAGUGUAGCGCUUGUAGUGCCUGUGGUCCGUGGCGACAAACAUGAAAUUAUUAAAAAGAUUGUGCUUAAAAAGCUAUUCAAGGUACUCAAGAAGACUCCACCCAUAAUUCCACUGGUGAUUCCUCUCCCAAUUAUAAAACACGCCCCGAAAAAGGAGGUGUGGAAGGUUCAUGAAAUUGAUCACGGAUGGGAAGACGGCCAUGGCGCUAGCAACGUAGAUGGAGGUUGGGACCUCAGCAAUGGUGGCAGUCAUGGAGGCGAAAAGUGGAAGGUCACUGAAAUCGGCAGCGGGGGUUGGGACUUUGGUGGCGGUGGCGGGUGGGAUUUCGGUGGCGGGGGAGGUCACGGAGGUGGUAAAAAGUUUGCUGUGACUGAGAUCGGCGAAGAUGGCGGUGGUGGACACGGUGGCGAAGGUGGUGGCUGGGAUUUAGGAAAUGGCGAUGGUCACAGUAGAGGGGACGGCGAAAAAUUCGCGAUAACUGAAAUAAGAGGUGGCGGCGGUGGUGGAUGGGAUUUUAGCGGCGGCGGCGGUGGCGGUCAUGGAGGUGACUGGGAUUUGAACGGCACAGGCGGCCACGGUGGAAGUGAGAAGUUUUCAAUCACGCAAGUCAACGGCAGAGGAGGCGGUGGCCACGGCAGCAAUAGUGGCUGGGACUUCGGCGGCGGUCACGCAAAUGGAGAUGACAAAGUAAACUGACGCUAACAACCGACGCGUGCCUUAAACUUCGUGGGAAAGUCGCGAAGUUGUUAGGCAGGGCGCCAUGCUUACUAGCUAAAAAUCCUGGAUUCGCUCCCCUGCUAGAGCUCAGUUAGUUUUGAAAUUAUUUAAGCCCUUGAAGUUACUUCGGGAUGCAGUUGUGUAUGUCGUCACACUUUUUAUUCGAAAUAUGCCAAUAAAUUAAAUUCGCUUUACUUCGCCACAUAAAACGCUUUCAAUUACUAAAGGAAUCUCAGCCCCGUGCAAACAAACCAUAAAGAAAAUUUAAGGAGCAUAUGUAACUGGUUGUAUCUCCAUGUGUGCUCAUGUAAGACCAAUUCAAAACUACACGAACUAGUGAAAUUUUUGUUUCUUUGUGUCUAAGUUCUAUAAAUCAGGUGUUCCUGUACAUCCUAUACACCCGAGUUACAAAACAUAAAUCGAGUCAAAAUGGCCUAUAGAAUUCUAUAUGCUUCCGCCACCUAAAAAGAGGUGUAGAACCGUAUGCUCACAAUAUAAUGAAUAAUGUAUGUUUGUAACUGAUUGUUGCAGAGUAGUAAACAAAAAUAAUUUUUGCCCGAAACCCGAUCUAUAGAGCUGAUGAUUUUUCUUUGCUUCUGGACAGACACAACGCAUGGGGCUAAAGUAGGUUCAUAGUUUAGGCAGAAGCAAGUAGCAUAAUAGUGUUGCAUAUAAAAACAAUUGAUAUGCGGAUAAUGAGUAACAGGAAGUGACUGUUAUCUUGUAUACAAUAAUGGCUUGCUCACACUGGUUGUUAACGGUCGUAACGGUAUAUAUGGUCAUACAUUAUUGAUAAGCGGUACAUAUUUUCUUCUCAUUUUCAGGCAGUUACAUUAUUCACUUAUUUAUGAUUUCAUUGAACACAGUUUAGGAUAUACUUCAGUAUAUACAGAUUACCGUUGAAACCCUUUACCGUUAAUAUAUUCCAAUAAAUUUUACGUUAUUCCCUCGCGCUUCUUCUGCAAAAUGGUUUUAAAAAUUUUAUGGAUCUGAAUUAAUAUGAAGUAUAAAUAUAUUGAGCUUUACAUACUACUAUAACAAUUAAUCGCGUUUUUUCGAACGUAUCUAUAGCUUAGUUAGUAAGACGCGAAAGUCACACAGAAAUUUGCGUUCUUUGCUCAUUACGUUGCCAAAACGGUUGCCACUUUCUAGCCCAAAUGUCCAUUCAAUUAUUAAUUGUUCCAUUUAAUAUCUUAAUGCAUUGUCUCCUUUAAAUAAAAUAAUACUGUUGUAUUAGCUAUAAUUGUCUUUAAUGCUAUCGUUAUAGUAACGCCGUCGAAGUAUGAAAACCUAUUUUUGUUGUAAUGAUCGUAUGUCUCAUUUAUGUCUAAAGACAAUGGUAUGGUGACACAGCUGGUAGUGGAAGCCUAAAUUGAUGUCCGCACCCGCAACAAUGGUGGCUUAUUAUGUAGUAGGAUUGUUGGCCAAACAGAAUAUUUAUUACCAUUUCUUUUAAACUCCCUUGUAACGUAAUUCACAGCUAUAUUUGCACUGUUACGGCUAAGUGGACUUUAGGGUAGACAACGUCACCGACAGAUUUCCACUCAC